AUGUCGAACCAGGCGUCGCAAUCGACCAUUUCGCUGCGCAGCGUGGUUUCGACGGCGACACAACAGCUGAUGAACAAAAAGGUGUCUGAGGAAGACUCGCUGUACCACAUCUGUGUGGGGGUGAAGCGCAAGCUGGAGUGCUUGCCGCAGCUGAAGCCGUAUCUGGCACUGGCACAUGCGAAUGCGGCGCUGGCGAGUGAGCAACAGGCAGUGCUGUUGGCGCAGAAGGAUGCAAUGGAGGCGGCUGAGGUGCCGCUGAGCCCGCUCAACCCGGCGCACAACAGCAUGAUCUCUGCAUCUGCAGGGGCGGCGACGUCGCCUGUGUCUGAGAUACGGCCGACGUCGAUUUCGAGCAGCACACUAGAUGAGUCUGAGGACAGCAACGCGGUAAAUAUGGAGGACACCGUCUUGACGUUUGCGAUGGGGAUUCUUCCAUCGUCCGUGGAGUGCGAUCCCGUGACGGAGCUGUCGAAGCUGUUCCAGCAGGGCUCGCCCCUGUGCAUUAUCUUUAAUGCAGUCAAGCCGCACUGCAAACUUCCCGUUGUUUCGUCUGACGACACGAAGAUAUGCAAAAAGUCGAUCUACGAUUUUAUUAUGGGGCUGAAGCUGCAUUUUGCGUUCAACGACGAGGAGCUGUUCACCAUCUCUGAUGUGUUUUCCAACUCAACUGAUCACUUCACCAAGGUGCUAGACGUUGUAAUUGCUCUGCUCAAUUCUGUCCCUCAGAUUUUCUUCAAGCUGCCCUCCCCCACAAUGGAGGAGCCACAGGUCAAUGGCUAUUUAUCCGAUCAUAACAAAAUUGUUAAGGAGUUCGUGGAAACAGAGCGGAAGUACGUUCACGAUCUGGAAGUCCUAAGCAAAUACAGACAACAACUAUUGGAGAAUCAGAUUAUCUCCUCUGAAGAGCUAUACAUGCUUUUCCCGAACUUGAAUGAGAUCAUAGACUUUCAAAGGAGAUUUCUGGUUGCUCUAGAAAUUAACGGGCAGGUUCCUGCGCAAGCACAACGGAUUGGUGCUCUUUUUAUGCAUUCGAAGCACUUCUUCAAGCUUUAUGAGCCGUGGUCUAUUGGGCAAAAUGCCGCAAUUAAUUUCAUCUCGUCCAGUUUUGACAAGAUGCAGUCCCAAGAGUUUGUUAUAGGCAACAAAAUGGAACUGCAAUCCUUUCUCCUAAAGCCGGUUCAAAGGCUGUGCCGAUACCCACUGCUGCUCAAGGAUCUUUUAAAACUCUCUGUGAAAACAAAAAGCGAUGUGGACACUAAGGAGUUACAAACUGCUCUGGAGAUUUCUAAAUCUAUUGCCAGAAGUAUAAAUGAAAACCAAAGGCGCACGGAGAAUCAUGAGGUGGUUAAGAAGUUGUAUGGUCGAGUGGUAAACUGGAAGGGCUAUCGUAUUGCUAAAUUUGGCGAACUUUUAUAUUUUGAUAAGGUGAACAUUUCAACAAGCAAUUCAAACGAACCUGAAAAAGAAUUUGAAGUUUAUUUGUUUGAAAAAAUAAUCAUACUCUUUAGUGAGGUGCAACAAAAGAAGUCAAACUCUCGGAGUUUGAAAAUUAAAACUAAUUCUAUCUCUUCCUCGUCCUUGCACCUAUCUGGAGCAAACUCCCCGUCCUCUAGCGCUGUCAGUCUGACUGGAGAUUCCAAGUUAGAUCUGCGGGGCCGUAUUAUGAUAGUAAAUCUGAUCCAGAUUAUUCCGAUCGAAAAUCACUCGUUGAAUAUCACUUGGGAAUCAGCCAAAGAGCAGGGCAAUUUCAUUCUAAAAUUUAAGAAUGAAGAGACCAGAGAUAAUUGGUCGUCUUGUCUCCAGAAUCUGCUACGCCAGAUUAGGAGCGAAUCUUAUAAAUCUACGGCUACGGGUAGUACUGAUCGCUCUUCAUUCUCCUCUCCGUAUGGACACCCGCAUUAUAGUGCUGCUUCCAUCAACAGCAGUGCUGUAAGACAAAUAUCAGAAGUGAUGCCUAAACAGCUCAAUCAUCACCAGACCUUUGAGCACGAGUACAGAUCCAUAUCUGAAAACUACAAGAAUUCUAUCCCAGAAUCCAUGUUGAUGGUACGGGUAUCAUUCAACAACGAUUUCUACACUUUGCUGGUAUCUAUGGAAGCCGAAAUUGAUGACGUUCUAGUUAUGCUCAAGAAGAAGUUAGCCCACGCAGGGUCCAUUUGUAAAAUAAAGUAUCAAGAUGAGGAUGGCGACUUCGUGAUGUUGGAGAGUGAAGACGAUUGGUCAGUUGUUAAAGAUAUGUUAAAGGAGAGCAAAGAACGGAUACUAAACGUUUGGGCAUUUGUUUGA